AUGUUGCGCUUCAUCUACCACGGCGACUACGACGACGAGCGUGAACAAAAAAACCACGCGGCAACCGAUCUUCCACAUGAAACAAAGGUCGAAACUGAGUCUUGCAAAUAUGAGAUUUCUAAAAUUCUUGAUAACCCCCCGCAAGAACCUGGCCGGCCACUUUGGAAUAAAGACGCGCUGCGUGUGACUAUCGAGGUCUUCGUUAUUGCUGACCAUCACCAUUUGCAUACCCUCAUGCGGCAUGCAGCAAAGAAGUUUGAAGAGGUUGUAGGGAGGCUGUGGAAAACAGCAAGCUUUGCGCAAAGCAUAAAACAGUUUUAUGAUUCUCAGAUCAGCGAACUUUACCGCAGGCCAAUCCGCAACGUUAUUAUCAAGGCCAUCGUAAAUAAUGCCCCUGUGCUACUGAAGGAGAAGACAUUCCAAAACAUAUUAUCCCACUAUGGUGAUCUGGCGAUGGAGGUGUUAUGGACCGUAGUGAAAGUAGAGGACAAGUGA